CAGGGUGGUUCUCGUACUCCGCCCGAGACCCCUUCUCACUGUGGUGAAAGAGCGAGGCUGGCCAGGUGUACUGCAGGAAAGGAAGAAAGGUAGAAAAGGGAGAGGUCAGAAAGAAGAGAGAGGCGGCAAACUUCAGGAAUGUGUGUAGAUGACCAGCCUAAAUCUGAAGAGAACUUGCUCUCAAGUGAGAAGGUGGAUUUGAAGUCCAUGGUUUCAGUCCUAGAUGGAGAGAUGCCAACCCUGAAUAAUGUAAUGACCGCAUCUCUGAGCCCUCAACAUGAACAAAAUAGAGAUGAUUUGAGGGAACAGGUAACCACCUUACCAAGAGAAAAAUUUAACCCUGAAGCAUCUCGCCAGAACUUCAGAUAUUUCUCAUAUCCUGAGAAAGCUGGGCCUCGUGAAGCCAUGAACCAGCUCCGGGAACUCUGCCUUCAGUGGCUAAGGCCAGAGGUUCACACAAAAGAACAGAUCCUGGAACUGCUGGUACUGGAGCAAUUCCUGACCAUCUUGCCCAGUGAGAUCAGGAUUUGGGUGAAGUCACAGCAUCCAGAGAACAUUGAGGAGGCGGUCACUUUGGCAGAGGAUUUGACCCAAAUACUUGAGGAGGAAGCUCUGAUUUUGCAGGAUUCUUCUUUUCUCCAAGAGAGAAGCCCUGAGAAGGUGGAAAUAUCUUCUGUGUUACCAACAGCCAGAUUUCAGGCCUGCAUCAUGAGCUUCAUUGCUCUUUGGAACACAUUAUUCCAUUCCUUCCUACAUUUUCUGGAAACCAUCACAUUCCAGGAUGUGGCUCCAGACUUCACUUGGGAGGAGUGGACACAAUUGGACCCUGUUCAGCAAGACCUCUGUAGGGAUGUGCUGAUGGAAAACUAUAGCAACUUGGCUUUUAUUGGACUUUCAGUUUCUAAACCAGAUGUGAUCUCCCGGUUGGAGCAUGGAGAAGUACCAUGGUUACUGAAGAAUGAAGCCUCAAAAGCCAUCUGUCCAUACAAGGACAUUGAAACUGAAGAUAAAGAGUCAGAUCCAAAGUCGGAAUGUUCUGUAGAAGAAUCAUCUCAGGGGUCAGUAAUGGAAAGAACUACACAGGAUAGUUUCUUGGAUCCUGAAAUGGGCAAUGAAACUGUUGAAUGUCAUGACUCACUGGAAAAGCAGAAAGGCCACCAGGAAGCAGAUUUGAAACAAUUAACAACUGCACAUGAAGAAACUGUAAAUAAAAUGAGAGACUCUGAAAUUAAUCAAUUUGGGAGAUGUUUCACUCUAAGGUCAACCCUAAUUACACAACAGAAAGUAAACAGUCUUUGUAACUAUGAUACACAUGGAAAGACCUUCAAAGAUAAUUCAAAACUAAAUAAAUGUCAAAGAAUCUACAUAGGGAAGUAUAGAUUGAAGUAUAAAGAAUUUGAGAAAGCCUCCAGCCAGAUUUCACAGCUUAAUGUACAUCAUGCAAAUGAUUCUGGAGAGAAAAACUAUAAGUAUAAUGAAGGUGGGGAAAGCUACGACAAGUGGGUGAACCUUACUGAACAUCAGAGAAUUCUUUCUAGCAAGAAACCUUAUAAAUGUAAUAAAUGUGGGAAGGCCUUCAGCCAGAUUUCACAGCUUAAUCUUCAUCAUACUAAUCAUUCUGGAGAGAAAUUCCAUAAGUGUAAUGAAUGUGGGAAAACCUAUGACAAACAGGCAAACCUUAUUGAACAUCAGCAAAUUCAUUCUGGAGAAAAACCUUAUAAAUGUAAUGAAUGUGGCAAAGCCUUCAUCCAGAUGGCACACCUUACUCAACAUCAGUUUACUCAUAGUGGAGAUAAACUAUUUAAGUGUUAUGAAUGUGGAAAUGCCUUCAUCCAGAGCUCGCAGCUUAAUAUUCAUCAAAUAAUUCAUUUUGGAAAGAAAUUCUAUACAUGUAAUGAUUGUGGAAAAAUUUUCACCUUGAGGACGAACCUUUCUCAACAUUUGAAAAUUCAUUCUGGAGAGAAAUCCCAUAAAUGUAAUGAAUGUGGGAAAGCCUUUUCUCUAAAAACAAACCUUUCUCGACAUCAGAAAAUUCAUUCUGUAGAGAAAUUCUAUAAGUGUAAUGAUUGUGGGAAGGUUUUCACUCUGAAGACACAACUUUCUCAACAUCAAGUAAGUCAUCUUGGAGAAGAAUUCUUUAAACGUAAUGGCUAUAGGAAAGUUAUCUCCCAGAAAUCAAACCUUCCUCAACAUCAAAAAAUUCAUUCUGGAGAGAAACUCUAUACAUGCAAUGAUUGUGGGAAAGCUUUUACCUAUAGGGCAAACCUUACCCAACAUCAGAGAAUUCAUUCUGGAGAGAAACCUUAUAUAUGUAAUGUUUGUGAGAAAGCUUUUAACCUGAAGACAAACCUUUCUCGUCAUCAGAAAAUUCAUUCUGUAGAGAAAUCUUAUAAAUGUAAUGAAUGUGAGCAAGUCUUCACUAGGAGAACAUGCCUUAAUGAACAUCAGAGAAUUCAUUCUGGAGAGAAAUCCUGUAAAUGUAUUGAAUGUGGGAAAGCUUUUAGCGGAAGGACACACUUAAUUCAACAUCAGUGUGGUGAAGCAAAACCAUUUAAGUGUAAGGAAUGUGGAAAAUCCUUUGCCCAGCAGAAGAGACUUGCUGGACAUCAGAGAAUUCAUUCUGAAAAGAAAUCUUGUAAAUAUAAUGAUUAUGAGAAAGUCUUUACCUCAGGAACAAACCUUACUCAACAUCAAAGAAUUCACUCUGGAGAGAAAUCAUAUAAAUGUAUUGAAUGUGGUAAAGCUUUUAGCCGGAAGACACAGCUUAUUCAACAUCAACUUAGUUAUAACGGUAUGAAAUCACCUUAAGUGUAAUGUAUCUGGAAAAGCCUUUACCCAGAGCACUUGUUACUUCACAUAAGAGAAAUGCUUUGUGCAUC